AUGGACCCUCCAAGGUCAAGUCACCGGUGGGGUGAGAAAGGAGGAGAACCCCCUGAGUGCCAUCUAGGAUUCUUACAUCACCUGCCAAUUACCUCAGCUUUAAAAAACCGAAAAUACCAACUGCUACAUCACUCUGAUGAUCAGCUCACCAUCAGUAUAUCAAAUGUAACUCUUCAGGACGAAGGCGUAUACAAAUGCUUAUAUUAUAGCAAACCAGUGAGAACCAAGGAAGUGAACGUAAUUGUGUUAGCCACUCCCUCCAAGCCAACACUGGAAGCACUGACCAUCAGAACUUCCAACGGGAAAGACGUGUUACUAAGAUGUUUCACUAAAGGAAGCAAGCCGCCUCCACAGAUAACCUGGCUUUUGAGCAAUGGCAUGGAACUUUAUGGUGAAACUCAGCACACAUUUGAACACGAUGGAAAGAAGUGUAAUACAACAAGCACACUGAGAGUUCGUGCGUAUGGGGAAAACACAACUGCUAACUGCCUCGUCCGACACGAAGGCCUACGAGAAGAAAAGCUGGUAGUGCCAUUCCGGUUUGAAGAUUUGGUAACAGCUCCAGAUUCAGAGAAUGUGGAGAACAGCACAUUUUCCUUUCAGCCCUCUCAGAAUUCCACUGAACUUGUAAUGGAAGAGUUCAGUACUGUGGAUAUUGACACACUAGGGCAUGAACAAACGACUCAGAAAUUUGACUUCACUGAAGCAAAUUAUAGCGCUUUAGAAAUCACAAAGAAGAAACAUGGAAUUUUAUUGCUCACUCUUGUGUCCUCCCUUAUUCUGGUGCUCUUCAUUGUAGUACAACUCUUUAUAAUGAAGCUACGGAAAGCGCAUGUGAUAUGGAAGAAAGAAAAUGACAUUUCAGAAUUGACCCUGGAAAGUUAUAGAUCUAGGUCAAAUAAUGAUGAUACAUCAUCACAGGAGAAGAAUGGCCAAAUUUUCCAUCACAAGUGUGGUAUGAAAUAUAUUAUAACAUCAUAUAUGGAAAGAAAAUCCAAGAACCCAAAAGAAAAUAUACAGGAUGCUACAUCAAAGCGAGAACAGAAUCAUUUACCAGAAACUAUUAUAUAA